AAUGUCACGUGGUCACCUUACGUUGUGAGGCGUGUGUGACAUUUGCUGCAUGAAGCUAGUUAAUGAGCAGCUAGCCGGAUAAAGAUGCGCAACUAAGGAAGUAAAUACAAAAGAUAUUGCAUCGCAACGACCGAUCUGACUGCAGCCAGAGGUGGGGACAAUGCUGCUCUCCCUGGUGGUGCACACAUACUCGCUGCGGUACUGGUUUCCAGCCACGAUCAUGCUGGGCUCAGCCCCGGCGUACCUGCUGUCGUGGGGGGCCUGGCGUUUACUUUCAACCGUCUUACCAGCGAGAAUGUAUCACAAGUUAGACGAUCGGUUGUACUCCAUGUACCAGAGUAUGGUUCUGUUCUUCUUUGAAAACUACACCGGAGUAGAGAUUAUUAUAUAUGGAGAUAUACCAAAGAACAAAGAGAACGUGAUCUACCUGUCCAAUCAUCAAUGUACAGCUGACUGGAUCAUUGCUGACAUGCUGGCCAUCAGGCAGAGUGCUCUCGGCCACGUCAGAUACGUCCUUAAAGAUGGACUCAAGUGGCUCCCGCUGUACGGCUGGUAUUUCUCUCAGCAUGGAGGAGCCUACGUGAAGCGAAGUGCGAGGUUCAGUGAAAUGGCAAUGAAGAAGAAGCUCUACAAUCAGACUCAAUCUGGAACCCCAAUGUACCUUGUCAUCUUCCCAGAAGGAACUCGGUAUAAUCCAGAGCUCAAGAAUGUUAUCGCUGACAGUCAGGCGUUUGCUACAAAAGAAGGGCUGGCUGUCCUGAAGCACACGCUGACGCCCAGAAUGAAGGCCUCUCACAUUGCCCUGGAGGCCAUGAAGGACCACCUGCACGCUGUGUAUGACGUCACCGUGGCCUACGAGUCAACGCACACAGUCUCGCGGCAAAGAAAAUCUGCGCCGUCGAUGCCAGAAUUCCUGUGCAAAGAAUGUCCCCGCGUCCACAUACACUUUGACCGUGUGGACAUAAAGGAAAUUCCACUAGAGCCACUGUUUUUCCGCAGGUGGCUCCACGAGCGUUUUGAAAUCAAGGACCGGCUGCUGACGGAUUUCUACGAGUCGGAGGACGACAACAAAAUCUGCAGGUUUCCCGGGGAAGGGAAGCCUUCUCCGCUCCUCCUCUCCAAAACCCUCCCGUCGGUGAUGAUCCUGGGGGGGCUGACACUGCCAUUGCUGCUGACUGAGAGCGGCAGGAGACUGUACGUGAGGACCUGGGUGUACGGGACUCUGCUGGGCUGGCUGUGGGUCAACGCCUUUCCUUAACCGACGGGCCAGCGGCCGCCACCAUGAGACGCACACAAAAGACACGGAGAGACGACAACCAUUCUGCUGUAUCGCAUCAACACGAGGCGCGGUCCAGAUGCGGAGCAGUAUCUGAUGAGAGGCUCCGAGAUUUACCCCUCAAGUCUGGCUCACUGUUGACCGUGAGCUGCAAGCAGCGCGGGGAUACGGAGAAAUGUUAUAUGCUUCUUUUUUCUUCUUUUUUGUUUUGUUUGUGUGCUACUCGUUCCCUCCGCGUUGUUUGGAUUUGCAGCCUGAAACGUUCAAAAUCACGUGAAAGUAAUUCUCAAAAAUACCCCUUAUUAUCUAUUAAAUAAAAAUAGCUAUAUACUUAAACUAAUCCCCCAAAUUAGUAUUUAUGCAUGCCCACUUUUCCAUCAAACAUUGGCCAAAGCGCGUAUAAGAUGUUUGAGAGCCAGAUGUGCUCAGAAAACCAGUUAAUUGAUCAUGUUCAGCUACUGCAUUUGGUUGACUCAGUACACCAGCUGACUGCUAAUAGUGCACUUAUAUAAUUAAUGAUCCGACUCAAUGUUGUAAUGUAAUUCUUGCAAAUUCACAUCUCAGGAGGUUUAUGCAAAUUAGCAUUUAUUAAAGUGGGGUUUUACAUUUGUAGAACAAAAGUAGCAUGCAGUCCUCAAUCGGGGCUCAGAAACAUGAAACCAGCUGCAUUGUGUACCAUAAAUGUUCAUAUGACAUCACCUAAUUUAAUGAAUGUAGCCGUAAAUGUUUAUGCAUAUAUGAAAUGGCUUUUUAAAAAUUAAAUCCCCAACAACACAGACAAUGUGUGUUGUACUAACCUUGUUAUCCUUUAAAAAGAAAACAAUCUACUUUAUGUUUUUGAGCCAAACAAUGACCGAUGCCACAGUGAGCUCAUAUGAAAGAAUACGUGUUUAAAAAAUAAAUAAAUAUUGCUUUAACCUUAAAAUGUAAAUUAUUGCCAAAACCUGUUGUAUUUACCAUGAUGUUCUACAUGUGUUUGAGUUGAGCAAAUCAGUUUAAUACCAGCCUGGAUGACAGCAAACAAACCUGAUGUCUCCUUUCUAUUUCUAAUUUCUUUUUCUUUAUUUAAUUCAUUUUUACAAUGGUUUAUUCCUAGAUCCAUACAUUUGAUAUUCAUUUGUUUCUUUAAACGCCAUGUUACAGCUCAUACAAAAGAAUGUACCGAGCCAUAACAUGUCAAAGCCAUGUUGACAGUAUACCGCAGGUUCCUGUGCACUCAACCAUUUGUAUUAUAAAUGCCACUGUAUUGUAAAAUGCACUGUUUGUCCAUUGUUGUUUACUGUUAUGAAACUAUUGCAUUUUUUUCCAUGAGUCACUUUUAAUUGUUUGCCGUUUCGUUCUCGUCUAAAGUUAGUCAGAUGUUUUCCUCACGUGGACAGUACUGCAAAUCUCAUCGUUUGUUUAUCCAGUACCUCACUCCAAUAAUACGUCCUUCUUUGUAAAUGGCUUGUCAGCAAUUUUAUAGUCAUUUCUAUCCUGACAAAACCACACUGUAACUCAAACUCUGAAAUCUCUACCUAGACAGUGUUUUAAAGGCCAACAGGUUUUGGAAAUGUGUGCCUUCUCUUUGGAGGAGUUGGUCCUCAUCUUUCUCCCACAGGGCCUCGGUGGCUCUUCUCAAACCGGCGACUGCACAGAGGCGCUGUAGCGGCAGGUCUCAUUGUCUACAGUUCAUAGUGGCUUAUUUUGCUCAAAGAAUGCAUUAAUAAUCACUUUUUGAGGACUACUGUAAAACGAUGAAACCCUUUUAAAGUAAGUUCUGAAAAAAGAGGGUUAGUGAAUGAUAAAUAAAAUGGUUUUCGUUUGGGUGAGUCAAGUUCUUUCUGUUGU